AUGGCAAGCAUUAUCAAGGACAAGAUUCUCAAUAGUAAUGAACCGAAAAUAGAUUAUGAAGAACUUGAAUCCAAAUUUCAAAUGCAUAAGUACUACCCUAAGUACUUCCACAACUAUGACUACUCCACUCCAGUGAUAAAGGAUUUGAUAGCGAAUAAACCCAUCUAUUCUAAUGCCAAUCAACAUGUUAAGACCUGCAAGAUUUCGUCCAAGCCAAAGGAUGCGCUGAAAAGUGGUGAUCUUGAGAAAGGAGACCUGUCUGCUUUUCCAGCUGAUGCUAAGAGCACCAAGAGAGCUAUUAAGAAGGACUACAAAGACGAGAAAAGAGAAUUACGCAAGGAGAAAAAAGAGAUUAGAAACGAGAUCAAACAUGAACAGAGGGAACAUUUUCACGAUCUUAGACAGGAGAGAAAAGAGCAUCAUCAUGAAAAUAGACAGCAAAAGAAAGAACUAAGAAGAGAUUACAAGAAUGCGAAAAGAGAAUUGAGAAAAAGUGGGAAGCCGGGUGAAUUUGGUUACUUCAAGUGCUGGAAUCAACCUUUAGCAGACCCUAUACCUAUGAGAAGAAACGAUGGUAGAUACCCUGAAGAGAUCUCAACCAACAUCACUAACAGCAAACCUCCAGCAUUCAACAAUCCCUGGGAUUCGAGCCUGACAUUGGUGCCCAAUGAAAGCGCAGCCACCAAAGCACUGACUAGAUCUAGAAAUAAUUCGAUUACGAGUAAAUUCAAGAGUCUCUUAAAAACUGACCAUCAUGACGGGGAUCAUAAUAAUAGUGAUACUUCGCCCAGUAAAACUACAGUAUCUAAAAGAGAUGUGGGUGGGCACCAAUUGAAGCCCUCGUCCUCUUAUGACCAAACCAAGCUGACGAUGACGAAGAGUAGAACCAAAAGUCUACUCAACAAAUUAAAGGUGGGAGAUAGAAGAAUGAGCGAGCAAAUCGGUAUGUAUACGAAACCUAUGUGUGAGAGGCUUUAUCACUCUUACCAUUUUAAUUUUUUUAUUUUAUGA